AUUUCUAAACGAAAACCCUAAACCCUAAAACGCAGCACUUGCUCACCAGCGCCCAUUUAUUCCAGAGAGUAUUUAGUGGGAGAGAUAAAAAGGGUUUUUUGAGAGAGAGUGAAGGCCAGCUUUGGGUGGCCGCUUUGUGUUCCUUUGAGAGUCUACAAUGGCGCUUUACCUUCUCUACGAAUCAGCUUCUGGGUAUUCUCUGUUCCUUGCUCAUGGCAUCGACGAGAUUGGCCAGAACACCGAAGCGGUUCGGAACUCUGUCUCCGAUUUGAACCGGUUUGGUAAGGUGGUGCAGCUCACAGCUUUUCAUCCAUUUGAGUCGGCCCUCGAUGCACUCAACCAAAUCAACUCCGUCUCUGAAGGGCUUAUGACUGAUCAAUUGAGGAAUUUUUUGGAAAUUAAUCUCCCUAAAGUGAAAGAAGGUAAAAAGGCAAAGUUCAGCUUAGGGUUAGCUGAUGCUAAGCUUGGGUCCCACAUCUUUGAAGUUACUAAAAUUCCUUGCCAAUGCAAUGAAUUUGUUCUUGAGCUGCUUCGUGGUGUGCGGCUUCAUUUUGAUAGGUUUAUCAAGGAUUUAAAGCCUGGAGACUUAGAAAAAGCCCAGCUUGGUCUAGGACACAGUUACAGCAGAGCAAAAGUCAAGUUUAAUGUCAACCGAGUUGACAAUAUGGUGAUUCAAGCAAUAUUUCUGCUGGAUACUCUUGAUAAGGAUAUCAACUCCUUCUCUAUGAGAGUCAGGGAAUGGUACUCGUGGCAUUUUCCUGAAUUGGUGAAGAUUGUCAACGACAACUAUCUCUAUGCCAAAGUUGCAAAGUUUAUUCAGGACAAGUCAAAAUUGGAUGAAGACAAGAUCCCAGCCUUAACUGACAUAGUUGGAGAAGAAGAGAAGGCAAAGGAGAUUGUAGAAGCUGCCAAGGCAUCUAUGGGCCAGGAUUUGUCUCCAAUUGACUUGAUUAAUGUCCAUCAAUUUGCCCAGAGAGUUAUGGACCUGUCUGAGUACAGGAGGAAGCUUUAUGAUUAUCUGGUUACUAAAAUGAAUGAUAUUGCACCAAAUUUGACCUCUUUAAUCGGUGAAGUUGUUGCAGCGCGUUUGAUUUCCCAUGCUGGGAGUCUUACAAAUUUGGCCAAGGUCCCUUCUUCUACACUACAGAUUCUUGGUGCUGAGAAGGCACUUUUCAGGGCAUUAAAGACGAGGGGAAACACACCCAAGUACGGCCUUAUAUUCCAUUCAUCUUUUAUUGGUCGAGCGUCAGCUCGAAACAAGGGCCGAAUGGCUCGUUAUCUUGCUAACAAGUGUUCCAUUGCCUCUCGGAUUGACUGCUUUGCAGAAAGGAGUACUACCACAUUUGGGGAAAAACUUAGGGAGCAGGUCGAGGAGCGACUUGACUUCUAUGACAAGGGGAUUGCUCCACGGAAGAAUAUUGAUGUGAUGAAAGCUGCCAUUGAAAGCACUCAAAAUGAAGACACGGAAAUGGAAGAAAUUCCCACCGGAAAGAAAAGCAAGAAAAAGAAAUCAAAAGUUGCAGCCACAGAUGAUGUUGAGGCAAUGACUGUUGAUGAACCAACUACUGUUCAAAAUGGGGCUGCUGAUGAUGCAAAGUCAGAAAAGAAGAAGAAAAAGAAAGACAAAAGAAAAUUGGAUCAGGAGGCAGAGCAGCAGGAUGAGGCUGUCAAGCAUGCAAACGGUGUAAAUGGUGAUGAAGAUGGAGCAGCCAAGAAGAAGGAAAAAAAGAAGAGCAAAAGUGGAAAUGGAGAGGAUCUACAGGCUGCCAGUGAUAUUAAGAAGAAGAAGAAGAAGAAAAAAUCUAGUGCCGAGUAAAUUUUGAUUAAUGUCUUUACUGGUGGUUAAAGUUCAGAUAUUCAUCUGUGCUGCUGCCUUUUGUGUUUUCGAUGCCAACAGUUUGAUAGUUAUAGAAGUUGGCCCCGAGCUUGUGCUACCUGUGUGAAUCAUGAUCCAUUAAGCUAUGUAGUAAUUUGCCAGCACUUGCUUUCUAACUUUAGUUUUUUUAUCAACAUUAUCAGUAACUAGUGGAUUUGUCUCCCAAAGUUUUGUAUGCUAGUUUUCAAUUAAACUGUUAAAUUGUUAAAUUCCUGCUUGA